UCCAGGAUCAGACCAGCUGCACCUUCCCCUGCACCCAGACAAAAAGCAGACGCGGACCCGUGCCGGAUAAACGGCCACACACGUGCUUCUGGGCGUCCCGUCCAUGCCGAUUCUCGGCUUCCGUCCGUGACGGGGCGGCACGGGGAGACGCGCGGAGGCAGGCCGGCCGGAGGAGCAUCACGCCGGGCCUGGAUGCGUCCUCCUCCCCCCUCCGGUGAGUGGCCAUGGGGGAGACCCGGAUCAUCUACCACCUGGACGACCAGCAGACCCCCUACCUGGUCAAAGUCCCGGUCCCGGCGGACAAAGUGACUCUGGCGGACUUUAAGAACGUCCUCAACAAGCCCAACUACAAAUUCUUUUUCCGGUCGGUGGACGAUGACUUCGGGGUGGUUAAAGAAGAAAUCUCUGAUGAUGACACGCUUCUGCCAUGUUACAACGGACGAGUUAUCUCCUGGUUGGUGUCAGCAGAGGGCUGUCACUCAGACUGUGGGGGGCCGGACAGCCAGGCUGAAGCCCCACCCUCUACAGAGAGAACUGGAGGCAUAGGAGACUCAAGACCUCCAUCUUUCCAUGGCAAUGCUGUCAUCCGCCAGGACGAGCUGGACAAGUCGGAGGACGGGAGGUUGAAUGGACACGCCCCUCAGCCAAUCGAUGAGAGCGGGGCGGGUCUGAGGGCGGGUCAAGGGACGGAGGUGGUUGGUUACGACAGCUCGUCAACCUUGCAGAGCAGCGAAUUAGAGACGACGAGCUUCUGCGAUUCUGACGAGGAAGACUCAGGAGGCAGGAUCAGCCAAUCAACGGAGCAGAGCGGCACGCGCCUCCUCAGACGACAACGCCGUCGUCGCCGGAAACCAAAAGCACCACGGAUGGAGAGGUCUGUGUCUCUCAGCAGUGUCACUGACUCCACCAUGUCCCUCAACAUCAUCACUGUCACUUUAAACAUGGAGAAGUAUAAUUUUCUAGGAAUCAGUAUUGUGGGCCAGAGUAACGACAGAGGAGAUGGCGGGAUCUACAUCGGCUCCAUCAUGAAGGGUGGAGCUGUGGCAUCAGACGGACGCAUCGAACCCGGGGACAUGUUACUUCAGGUGAAUGACAUCAACUUUGAAAACAUGAGUAACGAUGAUGCUGUCAAAGUCCUCCGGGAGGUUGUCCAUCAGCCAGGGUCUGUCACACUGACGGUGGCCAAGUGCUGGGACCCAAACCCACGAGGCUGCUUCACGCUCCCUAGGAGCGAGCCAGUGCGGCCCAUUGAUCCUGCUGCCUGGGUGUCUCACACGGCAGCCCUGACAGGACUUGCUCCACACUAUGACUUACAGGAAGACUAUCAUCUGACCAUCCACAGUGACAUGGCGACCGUUGCUAAGGCAAUGGCCAAUCCAGCAUCUGGGCUGGAGGUGCGAGACCGGAUGUGGCUGAAAAUUACCAUUCCUAACGCCUUCAUAGGCUCUGACGUUGUGGACUGGCUGCACCGCCACCUCGAAGGAUUCACCGAUCGGCGUGAGGCACGAAAAUAUGCCAGCAACCUGCUGAAGGCGGGUUACAUCAAACACACCGUCAACAAGAUCACCUUCUCUGAGCAGUGCUACUAUGUCUUUGGAGAUCUCUGUGCAAGCAUGGGGCUCCUGUCUCUUGCUGAUCCUGAAGGAGGUUCCGUUGGAGGUGACCAGGACAUAUUGGCUCCUCUUCCCCAUCCUGGAGCUGCUGCCCCACCCUGGCCCCCCGCCUUCCCCUACCAGUACCCCCUCCCCCUCUCACACACGCUCCCUCAUUGGGGAGCAGCAGGAAGCCAACACAGUGAGGGAAGUGGGAGCAGUGGAUCAAACCACAGCUGUCAGAAGGAGGAGAGAGGAGGAGGGGGAGCAUGUGGCGGGGAGUCUGCAGGGAGUGGUGGAGGCAGCGAAUCAGAGUCCAGGAAACAAGAGGCGAAAGCUCCGCCCACCAAAGGCCUGCUCCAAACACCACCUAGUGAGCUCCGCCCCGCCCCCACAGACACAGAGAGCAAUGCCCCCGAGCAGGGUCGCGACCUUUCCUCCGUUCCCCCUGAAGUCACAGCCUCUCGCCAGUCCUUCAGGCUGGCCAUGGGAAACCCCAGCGACUUCUUUGUAGAUGUCAUGUGACCCCGCAGUGGUGAUGUCAUUUGAGGUCAGGUGAUCUCCAGAACUGAACGUGACACACAAGCUGUGACACUUUUUUGUUUAGAAAAAUUCAUAUUUAUUCUUUAUCCGCCAGACAAGCAGCACAUUUUUUUGUUUUCAGAAACAAAACUAAUCUGUACAAGUUUCCGCUUCAAAGAUAGAAAAUCUCAACAGGAUAGAGAGACGGAGAGUGAAAGACAGA